CGCACGCAUCCUCUCCAACUCUGCAAACAGAAGUUGAGAGAGAAUCAGGACCCAUCAGGACUAUUUAAGACCUCAUCCUCUUCUCCCCGGUCCUCCUCCCGGCCAGAGGUCUUCACCUGUGCCCGCCUAGAGACAUGAAGACCCCGCAGAUCGUUCGGGAGUCCCCGGUGCUGCUGCUGCUGCUGCUGCUGUCCGGGGUGCACAUCGACGGGUACCGGCCUGUCAUCAUCGUGCAUGGCAUCUUUGAUGGACCGAAACAGUUCAAAACGAUGUCUCAAUUCAUAACCAAGGUGCAUCCAGGGACCAAGGUGGAGGUGAUUGACUUGUAUGACAACCUGGCCAGUCUGAAGCCGUUGUGGAGGCAGGUCCGAGGCUUCAGGAAAGCCUUUGACUCCAUCGCACAAAAAGCUCCCGAUGGCGUCCAUCUGCUGUGCUUCUCACAAGGUGGUCUUAUUUGUCGAGCUCUUCUCUACGGGAUUCCGCACCACAACGUGCACACCUUCGUCUCGCUGUCAUCACCACAGGCCGGGCAGUAUGGAGACACAGACUACCUGAAGUGGGUAUUUCCUGACUCCGCCAAGAAGACAGUGUUUCGUAUUUGCUACAACAGACUUGGUCAGAAAGUGUCUAUCUGCGACUACUGGAACGACCCUCACCAUAGGAGCCGCUACCUGAAGAGCAACAACUUCCUGCCGUUGCUUAACGGCGAGAUACCUCACAAAGAAAUGAAAGCAUGGAGGGAAAACUUCCUCCGCAUCAAGAAGCUUGUGCUGAUUGGAGGACCAGAUGAUGGCGUCAUCACACCGUGGCAGUCCAGCCGCUUUGGUUCCUAUGACAGCAACGAAAAAGGUGUAGAAAUGAGGAACCAGGAGUUUUACAAGAACGACACGUUUGGGCUGAAGACGCUGGUCGCUCGUGGCGACGUGGAGGAGUGCGUUCACUCCGGAGUGAAGCACGUUCAAUGGCACUCGAACUUCACUGUGUUCACAACCUGCAUAGAGAAGUGGCUGACAUGAAAACAAAGGAGUGUGAGAGAUGUUGAUGCAAGGUAGCAUUCAACUGAAAUCAACAUAUUUAAUUUAUUUUAAUAUUAUCACAUUUCAAUAGACAGGAACUAUAUAAAGCGAAAUCCUAUCACAAAUAGCAACAUCUAUAUAUACAUUUUUUUAACAAGCUUCUUCCCUUUAUGAAGGUGGUGACAGAUUUAUCAGACAAGAUUUCCAUAUCAUAAUAUUUUAGCUUUCCGUGAUAGAUUAUAAUGGAUUAUUUCCUUUUGAAGCUUUCCAAAGAGUUCAAUUAACCAAUAUAUUUCUCUCCAUAUAUGUAUUCCUUUCUCCAAUAAAUAUGCCAAAUUGUGAAGCCUUUUGCUUGAAAGAUUUCUUAAAUGUAAAAUUCCAAGAUACAUUUGUCUAAUGAGAAUUUAUUUGGUUUUUCAAAUGAAACUAAAAAAAAGUAAGCUAAGGAUCAGUUUGCCUGAAUUAUCCAUUUUAGUGUCCAGAGUUUAUUUUUGAAACUGCUUUUAUUCUUUGUAAAUAUCUCUUUGUUUUUUCUUUCUUCUGAACAAAAAAGAAAAAGCUUCCAUAUACAACCAGAACUCUUUGGCUUUGCAUUUUCAGUCCUUUCCCAUCGUCUUCAGAUGAUCCCUAAUAUUGCAAGUGACAGUCUGAAGUGACCAAAUGAGCCAGGCACUGUGGAAACACAUGAGCAUGGACUGAUCACUCGCUGCCCUCUGGUGGAAGUUUAUUCUACUCUGGAGUUAUCUGUCCUCCGGUCAUUAGGGUGAAACUUUUUGCCAUGAUGGAGAGUUUCAACCGGCAUGUUUCUGCCUAAUGUAACUUGGUAUCAAUCUAAUUUAUAUCUGUAUUAAAAUCUUUAGUAUAUUAUUGGUA